GUUCGCGUCGCUCUGGAAGCGCUCUCGAUCGCAUUGGAAUAGUCACUCUCCGUGGCGGAGCACUCUCGCUUCGCGGAAAAGUGAAACUUAGUGGAUCCUCGUUGAUCGCUCGUGGGAAAAUGGUCCCUCAGAACAUGGACGGAUUUUCGCAUCCGGUUGCCAUCCAGCAAAACCGAUCGCACGGUAAUUCCAGAGCUUCUAAAUCCUUGCUUUUUGGAUCUCAGAGGGUGAAUGCCGAUUCGCCGACCCCCUACACAGAUGCCACCCAGUGUAAAAAACAGACUUCGCACGUGAAGAGGCCCAUGAAUGCUUUCAUGGUGUGGAGCCAGAUCGAACGUCGAAAGAUUUGCCAGAGGGAGCCUGAUUUGCACAAUGCCGAGAUCAGCAAAAGACUGGGCAAGGAAUGGAAGGAGCUGUCAGACGAGGAACGACAACCCUUCAUCGACGAAGCCGAGCGACUCAGGCUGAUGCACAUGCGACAGUACCCCGACUACAAGUACCGUCCUAGGAAAAAAUCCAAACCUCAGUUCAAAGUGGAACGAUCGAGGUCCUCCCCGAGUAUUUCAACUUCCCACUCGAACAGCGGAAGAAUUAAAAUCGAUCCAUCCAGAGCAUCGAAAAUAACCAAGACGUGCGUACAGAUCAACAGGAGUUCGUCAAACAUCUACCCGAAUCGACUGAAGUUGAAAAUUAUCGACAAAAGAAUGAAAAACUCCAAACAGUCCCAGCUCAGCCCGCCGGCCGUCAAAGUUCCGAAUUCUCCCGGAUCCGAUGAGGUGACCCCACAAAGCUUUUACGACGACCACCGAAGUCUCUACAGCAAGUUGACGAUCCCCAUUGUGAAGAAAGAACCGUCCAUCUCCAGCGAGUCUGCUAAUCUUUCAAUUUUUACGCCCGUCUCCGUGAAGAUAGAACCGACGGAUGAUUAUGUCACCUCUUCAUCUUCAUCCUCCUCCUCUUCGUCCUCUUCCAGCAGCAGCGCGAGUAACGUCUCUACGAAUGUUGAUGCUUUCAGCGAAGAAGACCAGUGGAAUGGUAUGUUCGACUUGAAUUCCGCUCUUGCGAAUGAUUUUGUGGACAUAAACAGUUUAGCCUUUCCCUACUGUGAUCCAUUGGAUAACCCGUUCUCACUGGAUAACACCCAUUUCGAUUUUCCGGAAGAGUCUGCUUUUUCGGAUUUCGAAGGCUUGGACCUGCUGUAAAAAUUUAACUUUCGGUUCUGCCGCUGUGACACUCAUAUAUUAAUUACUAAGUGACAAUUGGUGUUUCCAUGCAAUUUCUCAUGUACGCGAUCUCGUAUUGAAUUUUGUGCACUGUGGAAAAUUGACAUUAUGGAUAUGUGCGUGUCUUUUUCAAUUCGGAUUUUGUGAUUCAGUGAAAGAACAGAAAGCAAUCGGAAGAUUCGUUCAAAGUUUCUUAAUUUACUCGAAAAUUUACUCUACGAGUUGAACGACUUCGUGUCACACUUUCGUACAAUACAACGGCUCCACGUAUACCUGGAAUUUAUUCGAUAUACUUUCCGUUUACGAUUGGAAAUGUAAUUAUUUAUGCCGUAUAUUAAUUUGGUGCUGUAUAGGAUAACGUUUGAUAUACUGCUCUAGAAUGAUAUGAAUGGAGGUAUUAGUACUCGAUUAACGUUACGGAUAUGAAUGGAUGUAAUUGUACUCGAUUAACGUUAUGGGGUAGGUGUAUCUUUUUUUACCUUAUAUUAUUCGGAAGUAUUUAAUCAAGUACAAGUGUUUAAUAUGUGUAAAUAGUAGAUAUGUAUGAUAUUUGUGUCCGCUAACACUGUUUCCUUUUUUAAAAUUUUGUUCGCUAGUUUUUAAUAACCCCUAACUGUAAUACAGAAAUGCAUUGUGCAACCGAAUUUUUUCCUCUCCAAUGCACGAUUGUAAUUUAUUGCAUACAUCGAAAUUGCAGUAAUCAACUAAAUUUCUCAUUUUGUUUUUGUAUUAUAGAUGUUUACUUAUAGUCAUGUAUUUUCAGUUCCUACCAUAGUCGUGAGUCUGAAAUGGCUUUCUCACUUUGUUGUUGUUUUUUAUGCUCUGCAACGUUCUGUGUAUUUUUAUUGUUUUGUGUUGCAGUCUUGAGCUUUUUUUAUUAGUUACAUUAGUGAUGUUUUGUUUUGUGAAAAGUGAGAUCAAUACAUGUUAUAUGAUUAUUGUUUUGUUUCAUUUUAUUGAGCAAAUUUAUUAAACUUCUCUUAGAUAUCUUGUUGCUACUUACAUUCUGUAGAUUUAAUUUUUCUGAAGAAAUCAGAUGUAUAUAUUGUAUAAAUGAAGUUGAAAGUUUAAUUAGAUAUUUAUAAUAAGUUAUUUUCUUCACUCUUGAAAACAAAUUUUUUAUGAAUAGUCUUGUCAAAAAAUAAAAUAAACAUUACAAUAAACAACUUGCAAUGCCAGAAUUAACAUAAAUUAUUUCCUUAUUUAAAAAUUACUGCUGUUGAUAUUUUGUAAAGUAAUAUUAAAAUGGCUAACAGCAUAUUUGACGUAUGCAUAAUUAUUAAAUUCCAAAAGCAGUAAAAUUUCAUUUAUUUUUUUCAAGUAAUUUUUAAGCAUUUGCUUGAUGUUUUAGCACAAGCAAAAUAAUAACGUGUGCCUCUAGUUUCGUUUAUUUUGAACAGAUGUUCAAAAGUUUUUAACAUUUAAGUUGGUAGUUAAAUAACAGUAGAUUUAGUUUUGUAUAGUUUAUACCUCAAUCUCAUAAUGUAAAGAUUUCUCACACUUCUUCCAAUGAAACAUAAGAAAAAACUAUUCAAGCCAAAAAUAUAUUUUUCCACUCUGCCUAAAGUAUCACUAUUAUGUGAUACUGCACACAUUUUUAGGGGCCAUUCUGAGAGUUUUUAUAUACUAAAGAAACAGAGUGCUAGUUCAGCACGCAUAGUCGAUUUUACCUCAAAUUAGUCUGUGGUUGUUUGUCCUGUUCUGCUCAGAUUAUAUAACCCUCAUCAGUCGAAGUUAAUAGAUUUUGUUUUGAAUUAUUAUUGCACUUUGGGGAUUAAAGGCAUUAUGAAAUAUAAGCGUAUUUGCAUUUUAGUGUUACAAAAUACUAACAUCACUAAUUAUAUGUUGUACAGCAUUCAAUUUAACUAACUGUAUUUCGCAUGGCCAACGUGUAAUUAGGCUUGCAUGUUUAUAUCAUGCUUAAAUAUGUGCCAUUUUUGUGUGUAAAUGUACAUAAUAUUUGGUUUAUACUUAAAACUUUGUAUUUAGCCAUUGGGACUGUGUGCCACGUAUAAAAACUAAGUCUUCGAGCCAGUAAUUUCAGAGUUUGUGUUGAUUUCGUGUUCUUGUUCCACCAGACUGAUGGGGAAUGUUUCGGUAGUUAUUAUAAUCUGAGCAUUUGGUUAUUUCUUUUUAGCUGGAAUCAAUACCAAGAUUAAAUAUAGUAUUUACUCCACCUAAAACAAAUGCCAUUGAAUGAAAGGUGUGUGUGUUUUUAUGAUAUUAGCCAGGUGUAAAAGAAAUUUUUGUAUUUAAAAGAGAUGCUAUUUCUUUGCAUGGAAAUGAUAGUAAUUUUGUACUUUGUUCCAAGGCUAAUUUUGUGUGUUGUUAUCUGAAAUACAACAAAUGCCAAUGUAUAAUAAGUACGGUGAUAGUAAACUUGUUUUAUAGAAUUCAUUUUGUGUGUUUCUUUGAACUGUACAUAUUGUUGAUUAUUAAAACAUUUUU